AUGGUUCAUCUAGCUACUGUGAGCAAGGACAAUGAGGUCCGUCAGCCCCGUGCAGCCUUCGAUACCAUCGAAGCCCUGAAUGACAAUGUCUACGGAUCGUCAUUCAGCGUGGAUCACAUGUCCCAGCAUGAGAUGCCUGAGCAUGAGAUGCCUCGUCAGGUCGCUGCUCGCUUGAUCAAGGAUGAGCUGAGCCUGGAUGGUAACCCCAAGCUCAACUUGGCCUCUUUCGUGACCACCUACAUGGAAGAGGAAAUUGAGGAGAUCAUGACCGACUCCUUCAGCAAGAACUUCAUCGAUUACGAGGAGUACCCCCACUCCGCAGAGAUCCAGAACCGCUGUGUCAACAUGAUCGCCCGUCUGUACAACUGCCCCACUGACCCUAAGGGUGAUAAUGCCAUGGGUACCUCUACAAUUGGCUCCUCCGAGGCGAUCAUGCUGGGCACGCUCGCUAUGAAGAAGCGCUGGCAGAACAAGCGCAAGGCUGAGGGCAAGGACUACUCCCGGCCCAACAUUGUCAUGAGCAGUGCUGUUCAGGUUUGCUGGGAGAAGGCUGCUCGGUACUUCGAUGUCGAGGAGAAGUACGUCUACUGUACCAAAGACCGCUACGUUAUCGACCCCAAGGCCGCCGUUGACUUGGUGGACGAGAACACCAUUGGUAUCUGUGCCAUCAUCGGAACUACCUACACCGGUGAGUACGAGGAUGUCAAGGGCAUCAACGACCUUCUCGUGGAGCGUGGCAUUGACUGCCCCAUCCACGUCGAUGCUGCCAGCGGUGGCUUCGUCGCUCCCUUCGUCGUUCCGGAGCUGGAGUGGGACUUCCGUCUGGAGAAGGUUAUCUCCAUCAACGUCUCGGGUCACAAGUACGGCCUGGUCUACCCCGGUGUCGGUUGGGUCAUCUGGCGCUCUCCCGAGUACCUGCCCAAGGAGCUUGUGUUCAACAUCAACUACCUCGGUGCCGACCAGGCCAGUUUCACCCUGAACUUCUCCAAGGGAGCUGCUCAGGUCAUUGGACAAUACUACCAGCUGAUUCGUCUGGGCAAGCACGGUUUCCGUGCCAUCAUGAACAACCUGACCCGGAUUGCCGACUACAUGAGCAGCGAGUUGCAAAAGAUGGGCAUGAUCAUAAUGAGCCAGGGUAAGGGCACUGGUCUGCCCUUGGUGGCAUUCCGUCUGCCUGAGAACAAGGAUCGCGUAUAUGACGAGUUCGCUAUUGCCCAUCAGCUCCGUGAGCGUGGCUGGAUCGUUCCCGCCUAUACCAUGGCUCCUCACAGUGAGAAGUUGAAGCUCAUGCGCGUUGUCGUCCGCGAGGACUUCAGCAUGAACCGCUGCGACAGCCUCUUGAUUGAUAUUAAGUUGGCUAUCCAGACCCUUGAGGACAUGGAUCAGGCCAUGAUGAGCAAGUACAAGGCACACAUGGUGAGCCACCGUGCUCACCCGCGCCACAAGAAGACUCACCAGGCUUACCAUGAUGAGAAGCACUCGCUUCAGGGUAAGGACGGCAAAUCACACAUUGUGUGCUAA